AUGCAUGGAGAGGGCACCAAAGACGCCAUCGACGCCAUGCAUAAGAUGGACAGCUUCAUCAAGGAGACUCAGAGGUGUAAUCCUCUCGAUGCAUCUGCCCUUGCAAGGCUUGUUCUGAAGCCCUACACCUUCUGCAACGGUCUACACGUUCCCAGGGGCAGCUUCAUAUUUACGCCCAAUUCCCCGUUGUUCGAGGACGAGCAAUUUUACAAGGACCCGAAACGCUUCGAUGGCUUCCGUUUCGCCCGGAUGCGAGAAGACCCACAGCUCAAGGCUUCGUGCCCCUUAACGGCAACCAGCGAAUACACCAUGCACUUUGGCAUGGGGCGUCACGCUUGCCCUGGCAGAUUCAUGGUUUCUGACGAGGUCAAACUGGUGAUGGUGCAUCUCCUCUUGAAUUUCGAUUUUGCCAUACAGAACUUUGGUCCUCGGCCGCGAAACGUGGCGUUUGGCAAAUUCAUGCUCCCCGAUAUGAAAGCGAAGGUGUGGUUGAGAAAAUCAAAGCAGUUUCGUGAAAUGGAUAAGUAG